AUGCCGGCCGAGAGGCGUUCUUUGAGAUCGAACAGCAAGUCAGAUACCUCUUCGUCUGCUAACGGUGAUAAGGGUCGCUCUACCUCGCAGAGCUCAAGCUCCAACAAGGACAAGCCCGCGCUUACCCGCGCCGCUGCCAACAAGGCCAAGUCGUCCAAAGCUGCUUCAUCGAACAACAGCGCCUCCAACUCCGGGAUGGGCGAACAGCGAGAACAGCCGCAAACCAACGGCUCCGAUCCGACGGAGAAUGGCGUGAAUGGCGCUGAAGACGUGGAGAUGGGAGAGGAUACGGCAGGUGGGCCUACAUCCUCAUUCAACGCCAGUAAGGAUCGGCAAGGUGACGAGAAGAUGACUGUUGUAGUGCCCCCCACCAAGGGUUCGAGGCUAUCCGGCGAUAAAGGCCAGGACCAGGAAGGUGAUGUCGCGAUGGAGGGUGCCGAGGGCGAUGAGAAGCCCGAGGAGGUUGACCCCAAGACCAAGGCUAUCCAAGACAUCAAGACCAACUUCUCACUCCUCGAGCGUGCCGUCGCCCACUUCGAUCCUCGAUUUACCCUCCGUGUUCUGCGAUCGAUAUCGUCCAUGCGCAAGCACAUCACUUCCGAUGUGCUGGCGGAAAUCAUAGUCGAGACUUAUCCCUCCUCCAACUCCACAGCAUCCUUCUUGCUCGAGGCGAUUGACCAAGCGGGUGCUUUUGGAUCGGCGGACAACUCCAAGAUGGCCGUCGAUUCGGAGAAAACCAAGUCGACUCCCAAAGAGAUCUUGCCCGAGAUCGAUACCUAUCUCUCUAUACUCGUCCAGAUCUACCUAUACGAUCGGAAGGAGAUUCAGAAGGGCGCCCAGUUUUCCACGAACCUGAUCGAGCGUCUGCGGACCAUCAACCGCCGGACUCUCGACUCACUGGCAGCUCGCGUGUACUUUUACUACUCUCUCUUCUUUGAGCAGAUUGUACCUCUUCCCCCGUCUCCUACCGCCCCAGUCACCUCGAUCCGCCAGCCGCUGCUCGGAGCUCUGAGGACGGCUGUGCUUCGCAAGGAUGUCGACACCCAGGCUACUGUGAUGACAUUGCUGCUGCGUAACUACCUGUCUACAUCUCACAUUUCACAGGCAGACUUGCUCAUCUCUCACAACCGCUUCCCCGCUGCUGCAUCCAACAAUCAGAUUGCCCGGUACCUGUACUAUCUCGGUCGCAUCCGUGCUAUCCAGCUGCAGUAUACCGAUGCUCACGGACACUUGAUCGGUGCUACCCGGAAGUCGCCGUCGAGUCACGUUGCGCGUGGCUUCUACCAAGCCUCUCACAAGUUGCUGGUGGUGGUUGAGCUUCUCAUGGGCGACAUUCCCGACCGAGCAAUUUUCCGCCAGGCCGCCCUCGAGCGCGCCAUGCACCCCUACUUCCUACUGGUGCAGGCCGUCAGCGUGGGUGACCUGGAUGGAUUCCUGAACAUCGUCAACACACACAGCGCGACGUUCCGGAAAGAUGGCACCUACACGCUCAUCCUGCGUCUGCGACAGAAUGUGAUCAAGACCGGUAUCCGCAUGAUGUCGCUGUCGUACUCCCGCAUUUCCCUGCGGGACAUCUGUCUUCGAUUGGGAUUGGACAGUGAAGAGUCGGCAGAGUACAUUGUCGCCAAAGCCAUUCGAGACGGAGUCAUCGAGGCCAGUCUGGACCACGAACGAGGGUUCAUGAAAAGCAAGGAAGUUGGUGAUAUCUACGCCACUCGGGAGCCCGGUGAGGCAUUCCACGAGCGUAUCAGGGCCUGCUUGGCUCUCCACGAUGAAAGUGUCAAGGCCAUGAGAUUCCCCAUGAACCAGCACCGUCUCGAGUUGAAGAGCGCACAGGAGGCCCGGGAACGGGAGCGGGAGUUGGCGAAGGAGAUCCAGGAAGGAGACAUGGAUGACGAGGAUGCUGGGGGUGAUUUCGAUGCCAUCUAA